AUGAAUGGAGGCAUAUUACUUGCUUUGGCGGUCGCGCCGAUGACAUUCGCUACGGACCCCUUUGCCCUUUCUCCUGGCUUUGACAUCGCAUCGGUUGCGGCUCUUGCAGAAUCUCUUCCCUCACAUUCCUGGGAAUUCGACACCGCAUCUGAAGCACUUCUCGAACUCUACAACCCGAACAUGUCCGUCUAUGGCCAGACUCCUUUACCAGCCGAGUCGUACUUGCCUUCAUCCGUCAAGGCGCUCGCGUACGCCAAAGAGAAUAUUGUAUUGAGUGUUGGAGCUAAUGGAUUGAGCAAUGGCGAUGGUGCGGUUGGGGAUCCGGCGAGCUUGGGCGUGUUUGCCUGGUUGAUUGGGAAGACGAACGAAUCCUAUGCGGAGGCAUUCCGGGAGGAAAUAGAAUAUGUCGCUGAACUCUGGAGCGAUUUCAUCUACAUGGCGCCUCCCUUCAUCGCAUACUAUGCCGCUGACACGUUGAACGUAUCUCUUCUCCACGAGUCGUAUAAACAAUGUGGAUAUUAUCGUGAAGUACUGCAAGCUACUAAUAUUUCUAGCGAGUCCUACGAUGGUGUAUGGAUGCACAUCAUCGGCCCGCAGAGCCAGGACGUUGGAUUGUGGAGCACAGGGAAUGGCUGGGCGGCUGGAGGAAUGGCUCGUGAAGCAAUCGAUAACUUGACGAAGUGGAUCAAGGAAAUCGUUGACGGCAUUAUGGGAUCCCCAACCACCGAAGGAUUGGUCCGGAAUUACGUCGACGACAUACGAGGAGACGGUCACGGGUUUGGCGAGAUCAGUGGUACAUCGAUGAUCGCCUCCGUUAUCUAUCGUAUGGCUGUCUUGCAGCCCGAGUCUUUUAAUCAGACGUAUAUCUCAUGGGCUGAUGACGUUCGGGCCACUCUUUCUGGGAAUGACACUGAAGGAAACCCACAUGUUACUGCAAAUGGGACCGUCACGCCUGCUGUUAAUCCACUAGGGUGGCUUGAUACUGAGCCAUGGACUGCUGGAAGCCCGGAAGGACAAUGUUUUGUGGUUCUCAUGUACGCUGCUUGGAGGGAUUGCGUUUACGCUGGAAAGUGUGAAUAA